AAAAUGACUGACGUUGAAAAAAUUAAUUUGGACAAUAUUAUAGCUCGGCUGCUUGAAGUGAGAGGUUCAAAACCAGGAAAGAAUGUUCAAUUAACAGAAAAUGAGAUUAAAGGGCUUUGCGUAAAAUCAAGAGAAAUAUUUCUCAGUCAACCCGUUCUUCUCGAACUUGAAGCUCCGCUAAAAAUUUGUGGGGACGUUCACGGGCAGUAUUAUGACCUCUUGCGACUUUUUGAAUAUGGAGGGUUUCCACCAGAGUCAAAUUAUCUAUUUCUUGGUGAUUAUGUUGACAGAGGAAAACAAUCCCUUGAAACAAUUUGUCUUCUGUUGGCCUACAAAAUUAAAUAUCCAGAGAAUUUUUUUCUUUUACGUGGCAAUCAUGAAUGUGCUUCAAUUAAUCGAAUUUAUGGAUUUUAUGACGAAUGUAAACGCCGUUAUAAUAUUAAACUUUGGAAGACUUUUACGGAUUGUUUUAACUGCCUACCCGUUGCUGCAAUAAUUGAUGAAAAAAUAUUCUGUUGUCAUGGUGGACUUUCUCCAGAUCUCCAAUCAAUGGAACAAAUACGCCGGUUGUGUCGACCAACAGAUGUGCCAGAUCAAGGCUUAUUGUGUGACCUUCUCUGGUCUGAUCCAGAUAAGGAUGUUAGCGGUUGGGGAGAAAAUGAUCGUGGAGUUAGUUUUACUUUUGGCCCCGAAGUUGUUUCUAAAUUUUUGCACAAACAUGAUCUUGAUCUCAUAUGUCGUGCACAUCAGGUUGUUGAAGACGGAUAUGAAUUUUUUGCAAAGCGCCAAUUAGUGACUCUAUUUUCUGCCCCAAAUUAUUGUGGUGAAUUUGACAAUGCUGGAUCUAUGAUGACUGUCGAUGAGACCUUGAUGUGCUCUUUCCAAAUACUUAAACCAGACAAGAAGUCUAAAUUCCCUUAUACUGGUGUAGGUCAAAAUCGACCAGUUACUCCACCUCGGGCAGCGCCAGCUGAACAAAAUAAAAAGACUAAAAAGUGA